AUGUCCUGGGAACCAAAUCCAACCUCUGUGGAACAAUUAAAACAAAUAUUGGCAGGUACUUUGUAUCCAAAUGCACAACAACGUCAACAAGCUACAGAAGCUUUAGAUCAAGCUAAACAUCAAGAAGAUUUCCAUAAUUAUUUAUUAUAUAUCUUGGUUCAUGAUAAUUCAACUCCUUCUGAAGUUAGAGCAAGUGCUGGUGUUAAUUUGAAAAAUGAUAUGAUUAAGAAUUUUAAUGUUAAGAAUAAUGAUUAUUUAUUAGAAAAUAUUUUGAAAGGUUUAUUAGUUGAUGAUGCAUUUGUUAGAAAUAUAACUGGUACUGUUAUUACAUCUAUUUUUUCAACUUUAGGUAUUUCCAAAUGGCCUCAAGUCUUACCACAAUUGAUUGAAUUAAGUGAAACUGGUAAUAUAACAAGUCAAGAAGCUUCAACAAGUGCUUUAGCUAAAAUUUGUGAAGAUUCAUCUCAUAUUUUAGAUACUGAAUAUAAUGGUCAAAGACCUUUAGAUUUUAUGGUUCCAAAAUUCCUUCAAUUAACUGCAUCAGAAUCUUCAAAAGUUAGAGCUAAUACUUUACAUUGUUUAAAUCAAAUUAUUUUAACUAAAACUCAAAGUUUCUUAAUUCAUAUUGAUGAAUUUUUAUCAAGAUUAUUUGCCUUAGCUACUGAUCAAGAUCCAAGUGUUCGUCGUAAUGUUUGUAUUGCUUUUGCAAAUGUUUUGGAAGUUAGACCUGAUAGAUUAUUACCUCAUUUAGAUGGUUGUAUCAAUUAUUCAUUACAUUCAAUAACGUCAAGUGAAGAUGAAGUUGCAUUAGAAGCUUGUGAAUUUUUAUUAAGUUUAGCAACUUCUGAUAUCCCAUCUGAAUUAAUUAAAAAUUAUUUAUCAACUAUUUUACCUGUUUUAUUGAAAAGUAUGGUUUAUUCAGAAAUGGAUAUCUUCUUGAUGGAUAAUAGAGAUGAUGAUGAUGUUGAAGAUAAAGAUGAAGAUAUUAAACCAACAAAUGCAAAAGUUAAAAGUAGUCAUACUACAAAAAAUACAAAUAAUAAUGACAAUGAUGAUAAUGACGAUGAUGAUGAAGAUGAUGAUGAUGAAGAAGGUGAUUAUGGUGUUGAAUGGAGCUUAAGAAAAUGUUCAGCUGCAACAUUAGAUGUUUUAUCAUCAGUUUCUCCAGCUGAAGUUUUACAAAUUGUUUUACCGAUUUUAAGAGAAAAUAUUGGUUCAAAUGAAUGGCCAGUUAGAGAAGCUGCAAUCUUAGCAUUUGGUGCAGUUGCAGAAGGUGGUAUUGAAUUUGCUUCAAAUCAAUUACCUGCAUUAGUUCCAUUUUUAGUUGAAAGAUUACAAGAUACCGAAUCAAGUGUUAGACAAAUUACAUGUUGGACUCUUGGUCGUUAUUCAUCAUGGAUUUGUUCUGAAGCUCAUAAAGGUGGAUUAUAUUCAAAUUAUUUUGCUCCAACUUUCCAAUCUAUAGUAUCAUGUACUCUUGAUAAAAAGAAAAUGGUUCAAGAAUCUGCAUGUUCUUCAUUAGCUCAAUUUAUUGAAAAUUCUGAAUCAGAAUUAAUUCAACCAUUUGCUCAAGCUUUAGUUGAAAAUUUCCAACAAUGUUUCCAAAAAUAUCAAAGAAAAAAUUUAGUUGUUUUAUAUGAUGCAAUUCAAACAUUUGUUGAAAGAAUUGAAAUUGAUGAUGAAUCAAUUCAAGCAAUUUUACCACCAUUGUUGAAAAAAUGGGAAAUUUUAAAUGAUGAAGAUAAAGAAUUAUGGCCAUUAUUAGAAUGUAUGUCAUCAGUUGCAGCUUCAUUAGGUGAAAAAUUUGCACCAUAUGCAAUUCAAGUUUAUCAAAGAUCUAUUAGAAUUUUAGAACAUUGUAUUACAUUAGAUAAACAAGUUAUUCAAGAUCCAACUAUAAAUACACCAGAAAAGGAUUUUAUAGUAACUUCAUUAGAUUUAAUUGAUGGAUUAUGUCAAGGUUUAACCGAACAUAGUGGUGAAUUAAUUGAUGAACAUCUGAUUAGAUUAUUAUUAGAAUGUUUUAAUGAUCCAACUGAUGAUGUUCGUCAAUCUGCUUAUGCAUUAUUAGGUGAUAUUGCAAUUUAUAUCCCAAACACUCUUGGAUCAUACCUUGAUCAAGUUAUCUUAUCAAUUGAUAGAGAAAUUUUAGCAAGAAAUUUUGAUUCUUAUGCAGUUGUUAAUAAUGCAACUUGGGCAUUAGGUGAAAUUUCAUUAAGAAUUAAUUUAAAUAAAUAUUUGGAAAAAUUAGUUGGUACAUUAAUUGAUUUAUUAAAUUCAAAUUCUACCACAGCAGCAACAGUUUUAGAAAAUUCAGCUAUUACAAUUGGAAGAAUCGGUAUUAAUUCACCAGAAUUUUUCAGUACACAUAUUCAAGAAUUUUUAUUAGAAUGGUCAAAACAUAUGUUAUAUUUAGAAGAAAAUGAAGAAAAAGAAACAGCAUUCCAAGGUAUUUGUAAUAUAAUAUCAGCAAAUCCAACAGGUUUCAAUAAUGAAUCAUUAAUUGCAUUUGUUAAUUCAAUUACAAUGUAUUUAAGUCCAGGACAAAAAUUAGCUGAAAUUUUCCAAAAAUUAUUAAUUGGUUAUAAAGAAAUGUUGGGAGAUAAUUGGAGUAAUUUCUUACAAACUAUAGAUAAUCCAGAAGAAUUAAGAUCAAGAUAUGGUAUAUGA